CUACAUCUGGCGGCCGCCCUCCCUUGUUUCCGCUGCAUCCAGACUUCCUCCGGCUGUGGCUGGAGGCUGCGCAUCUGGGGCUUUAAACAUACAAAGGGAUUGCCAGGACCUGCGAGAACAGGCGGCGGCGGUGGUGCGGGCUGGGGAGCGGGGGCCGGACCAUGCGCCUCUGAGCCGGGCGGAGCGGAGCCGACGGAGCCAAACCGGCCCUCGGAGCGCAGCGCUGCGCGGCGGAGCAGGCGCCAGGCAGGCGGCGACGCGGCCACGCGCAGCGAGCCAUCGGCCCCCGGGCGACGCGCGGAGCCCACGAGCGCAAUGAUGGAGGCGGGAGUGGCCUGGGGCGCGCUCGCCGGUCCCCUACGGGUGCUCUGCCUCCUGGGCUGCCUGUUGGGCCGCGCCGCCGCAGCGCCGUCGCCCAUCAUCAAGUUCCCCGGCGACGUCGCCCCCAAAACGGACAAAGAGCUGGCUGUGCAAUACCUGAACACCUACUACGGCUGCCCCAAGGAGAGCUGCAACCUGUUUGUGCUGAAGGACACGCUGAAGAAGAUGCAGAAGUUCUUCGGGCUGCCCCAGACGGGCGAACUUGACCAGAACACCGUUGAGACCAUGCGGAAGCCGCGCUGCGGCAACCCCGACGUGGCCAACUACAACUUCUUCCCCCGCAAGCCCAAGUGGGACAAGAAUCAGAUUUCGUACAGGAUCAUUGGCUACACGCCUGAUCUGGACCCUGAGACGGUGGAUGAUGCCUUCGCUCGAGCCUUCCAAGUCUGGAGUGACGUGACACCACUGCGGUUUUCCCGCAUCCACGAUGGAGAGGCUGACAUCAUGAUCAACUUUGGCCGCUGGGAGCAUGGGGACGGGUACCCCUUUGACGGCAAGGACGGGCUCCUGGCUCACGCCUUUGCCCCAGGCCUCGGCGUUGGGGGAGACUCCCACUUUGACGACGAUGAGCUGUGGACCCUGGGAGAAGGGCAAGUGGUCCGCGUGAAGUAUGGGAACGCCGAUGGGGAGUACUGCAAGUUCCCCUUCCUGUUCAAUGGCAAGGAGUAUAACAGCUGCACUGACACGGGCCGCAGCGACGGCUUCCUCUGGUGCGCCACCAGCUACAACUUUGACAAGGAUGGCAAGUACGGCUUCUGCCCCCAUGAAGCCCUGUUCACCAUGGGUGGCAACGCCGACGGACAGCCCUGCAAGUUCCCAUUCCGCUUCCAGGGCACAUCCUACAACAGCUGCACCACCGAGGGACGCACGGAUGGCUACCGCUGGUGCGGCACCACUGAGGACUACGACCGCGACAAGAAGUACGGCUUCUGUCCUGAGACUGCCAUGUCGACUGUCGGCGGGAACUCGGAAGGUGCCCCCUGCAUCUUCCCCUUCACCUUCCUGGGCAACAAGCACGAGAGCUGCACCAGUGCAGGCCGCGGUGAUGGAAAAAUGUGGUGCGCGACCACGGCCAACUACGACGACGACCGCAAGUGGGGCUUCUGUCCGGACCAAGGGUACAGCCUGUUCCUCGUGGCAGCCCACGAGUUUGGCCACGCCAUGGGGCUGGAGCACUCACAGGACCCUGGAGCCCUGAUGGCGCCCAUUUACACCUACACCAAGAACUUCCGCCUGUCCCACGAUGACGUCAAGGGCAUUCAAGAGCUCUACGGGGGCUCCCCUGACACUGGCACUGGCACUGGACCCACCCCCACCCUGGGACCCGUCACUCCCGAGAUCUGCAAACAAGACAUUGUCUUUGAUGGCAUCGCGCAGAUCCGCGGGGAGAUCUUCUUCUUCAAGGACCGGUUCAUUUGGCGGACAGUGACACCGCGUGACAAGCCUAUGGGGCCCCUGCUAGUGGCCACAUUCUGGCCUGAGCUCCCACAAAAGAUCGACGCUGUGUACGAGGCCCCGCAGGAGGAGAAGGCUGUGUUCUUUGCAGGGAAUGAGUACUGGGUUUAUUCAGCCAGCACCCUGGAGCGAGGGUACCCUAAGCCACUGACCAGCCUGGGGCUACCCCCCGAUGUUCAACGAGUGGAUGCCGCCUUUAACUGGAGCAAGAACAAGAAGACAUACAUCUUUGCUGGAGACAAGUUCUGGAGAUACAACGAGGUGAAGAAGAAAAUGGAUCCCGGCUUCCCCAAGCUCAUCGCAGAUGCCUGGAACGCCAUCCCUGAUAACCUGGAUGCCGUGGUGGACCUGCAGGGCCAUGGUCACAGCUACUUCUUUAAGGGUGCAUAUUACCUGAAGCUGGAGAACCAAAGUCUGAAGAUUGUGAAGUUUGGAAGCAUCAAAUCUGACUGGCUGGGCUGCUGAGCUGGCCCUGGCUCCCACAGGCCCUUCCCCUCUACCACCUUCCACACACCCGGCCCUGAGCACCAGGGAAGGAGCUAGAUGGGCCUGGCAGCCCUGCCUUCAUCUCUGUAGUUAAUCAUCAUUCUCAUCCCCACCUGGGUAAUUUAAGCUUCUGGCAAGCAGCCUGCUCUGUGCUCAAGGAAAGGUGCUGACUAUACUCAUCCCGGGGGCUCCUGCUUCCUCUGAUCCCACCAGCCCUCAAGAGCCACCCCCAAAGAGAUGCCUUGAUAUUUUCAAUGCAGCCCUGCCUUGGGUUGCCCUGGUGCUGCCCCCACUUCAGGCUCUUCUCCUGCCACCACUUUCUGUGGCUCUCAGCAUCCUCAGAGCCAAAUGAGACUGUCUCGAGAGGGCACUGGUGGCCCAACAGCCUGGCCUGGCAUGGGGCACUGGGAUAGAGGCGUGGCCAGGUGGCUGUCCCAGACACCUGGCUGCUCACUGCUGGCUGCCUUAGAAACUUGCCUACAUUGGCAGUUUGCUUUUUUAUGUACUCUGUUCUUUUAGUUCGAUCUUUUAUUUUUCCACUUUGAAACUGCAUAUCCUGACCAAAGGUCUCAGGUUGUCUGAAGUCGCUGCAUCUCUGUGCAUCUCAGCCCACCCAGCGAUGGUUGCUUUGUUCACUCUAUUUAGUGUGUCCCUACCCCCUUGCUUCCUCCACUGGAUGGAGGAAAGCUAAGCCAUGGCUCCCCGCUCAGCCCUCCCUUCCCUUCCCUUCAACAAUUCCCCAUGGGAAAUGUCAGUAAAUAAGAAUAAAGACACCAACUGAGUGGCA